UCGGCCAUGGCUCAGGUUAAAGCGAAGCCAAAUAGGUUUACUCUUUACUAUUUCCCGACGUCAUAUUCAUCGCAAAAGGUGUUGCUGGCAUUCUAUGAAAAGGAGGUUGCUUUUAAGCCCAAGCUGGUUAGUUUAUUUUCUGGUCAACACAAUGCACCCUGGUAUGUGAAAUUGAAUCCUGAGGGAGCUCAUAUUCCUGUCUUGAAGGAUGGAAAUACUAUUAUAACAGAGCCUGAUAAAAUCAUCGACUAUAUAGACAGCAACUCAGAAUCCUCAGUUCCAAAACUUAUUCCUGAUCAGGAAUCAGAGCUUGGAAAGGAAGUUACAGAAUUACGUAGACGCUUGCAGAUGGUGGAAGUGGACAUCAUUACAUAUGGGAUAAUAUAUCAUCCGCACUUGUCACCUGUUGGAUGUCAAAUUCAAGGGGCUGUUAUGAGGAGUAUGAGGGAAAAUUUUGCCAAUCGUCUAGCUGUUCUGACUGACCUAGCUGCCAAACACCCUGCUCUUAGAGACAGCUAUCUGAUGAAGAGUCAGACAGCGGCCCAGAAGUUUGAUGUGAUUACAGAUGCUGCACAGGUGCAGCGCCAUCUAGAGGAGUUACAGCUCACCAUAAAUGCAGUGGAACAACAACUGAAAAGUGUCAAGGAAUCAAGUCCAGACAUUGCCGAUGACCUGUGGCUGUUUGGGCCAAUGUACACAGUGGCAGACAUCAGUCUGACUGUACUGCUGAGUAGACUGGCUCUCCUGGGACUGAACAAUACCUACUUCUCUCAGGACAACAACCCAUACACACACAACUAUUACAACCAAGUGAAGAAACGUCCAACCUAUCUGAUGAUACAAAAGGAAAUCACAAAUUUGAGAAUGACGCUGUUAUGGGAAAAUUUAAAGACAGCCUCUCCAUACCUAGCGGGAUUAGCUGGUUUAGGUAUUUUAGGGACAAUAGGAUACUUUAUAUAUAAAAAGUGGAAUGAAUAGGGUAUUUGUUUGAUCUAUAUAUUUUACUUAAUUUUAUAGAAUUUGUGUUGUGAAAGUUUUAAGGAAAAAUUCAGUUUUCUUGAUAUUGCAAAAAAUAAUAGCAACAUUGUCAACUAUCAAUUUUUCUGCUGCAUACUGAUUAUUUUGUAUAGGUAUGUACAAUUGCUGUGUUAGGCUGGUCCUAAUUUUCUUAAAAUCACCAGUUGCCACUGGGACCCUACCAACUAAUUUGAAAAUGUGUUUGUCAGGUAGGGAUUAUCAAAAAUAUGGAUGUAUCUCUUUUAGCAAAAUAAAUGACUCAUUAGUUUAUGUUUUCCUCUGCAGCUGUU